CGCUGGCCGCCGAGCGCCAGAGUUGCUUGCGGCCGCCCCGCACCGAGGACAGGAAGAUGCCACCCAAGCGCAUAGCUAAGAGAAGGUCACCCCCCGAAGAUGCCAUCCCCAAAAGCAAGAAGGUGAAAGUCUCACACAGGUCCCACAACACAGAGCCAGGUUUGGUGCUGACACUGGGCCAGGGCGACGUGGGCCAGCUGGGGCUGGGCGAGAGUGUGCUGGAGAGGAAGAAGCCGGCCUUGGUGCCCCUUCUACAAGAUGUUGUGCAGGCUGAGGCCGGGGGCAUGCAUACCGUGUGUCUGAGCCGAAGUGGCCAGGUCUACUCCUUCGGAUGCAAUGAUGAGGGUGCCCUGGGAAGGGACACGUCGGUCGAGGGCUCAGAGAUGGUCCCUGGGAAAGUGGAACUGCAAGAGAAGGUGGUCCAAGUGUCAGCAGGGGACAGUCACACAGCAGCCCUUACCGAAGAUGGCCGUGUCUUCCUCUGGGGCUCUUUCCGGGACAAUAAUGGUGUGAUCGGGUUGUUGGAACCCAUGAAGAAAAGCAUGGUGCCCGUUCAAGUGCAGCUGGACAUGCCUGUGGUAAAGGUGGCCUCAGGGAACGACCACUUGGUGAUGCUGACGACUGAUGGAGACCUCUACACCUUGGGUUGUGGGGAGCAGGGUCAGCUGGGCCGUGUGCCUGAAUUAUUUGCCAACCGUGGUGGCCGUCAGGGCCUUGAGCGACUCCUGGUCCCCAAGUGUGUGCUGCUGAAAUCGAGGGGAAGCCGGGGCCGCGUGCGGUUCCAGGAUGCCUUCUGUGGGGCCUAUUUCACUUUUGCCAUCUCCCGGGAGGGCCAUGUCUAUGGCUUUGGUCUCUCCAACUAUCACCAGCUUGGAACUCCAGGCACUGGAUCUUGCUUCAUUCCUCAGAACUUGACAUCCUUCAAGAAUUCCACCAAGUCCUGGGUGGGCUUCUCUGGUGGCCAGCACCAUACAAUCUGCAUGGAUUCAGAAGGAAAAGCAUACAGCCUGGGCAGGGCUGAGUAUGGGCGGCUGAGCCUUGGAGAAGGUGCUGAGGAGAAGAGCAUACCCACCCUCAUUUCCCGGCUGCCCAUCGUCUCCUCAGUGGCCUGUGGGGCCUCUGUGGGGUAUGCUGUGUCCAAGGAUGGUCGUGUCUUUGCCUGGGGCAUGGGCACCAACUACCAGCUGGGCACAGGGCAGGAUGAAGAUGCCUGGAGCCCUGUGGAAAUGACUGGCAAACAGCUGGAGAACCGAGUGGUCUUAACUGUGUCCAGCGGGGGCCAGCACACAGUCUUAUUAGUCAAGGACAAGGAACAGAGCUGAUGAAGUCUAUGUGGGCCUGGCUUCUGGCCCCCAACCAGCUUCCUAGAACAGAAAAACAGCCAACUACAGAUUCCAGAAGGCCCUUCCCCACCCAAGCAGCUAUCAUCUCCUUUCCCAUCACCACAGCAGAAUCCUUUCCUUCUGUUUUGUCCUCUUUUCUGGUCAUCCUGGGACUUGCAGGAUGAGGGGGGAUGGGAAGGCGUCUCGGAAGGAGCUUUGCUUACCUUAGACUCAGUCGUUAGACCUUUCCCUUGACUGCCCUGCCUCCUGUGAUCCGAGCAGGCCCUGGCCCUUGCCUACAAAACCCAAAACUUCCUGCCCUGGGGUUUUGGUACCUACACUCUGAAAAGUUGGGAACUCCAUCAGGCCCCCCUUCCCAUGUGCCACUUUUUCUGUUCCUAACAUUAGUUUACAAGGAGACAGACGGUAUAGUCAUCAGAUCCAGUUGUCGUGGACCCAUGCCUGGGGAGAACUGGACAAAGGCUUUACAAGGCUGUGGGUGACCCUAAGCCAAAUAUUUGGCUCUAAACAGGUGUCCAUGGGGGAAAACAAUGACCCACUGGAAGAAAAUCCAACUAGCUCUCCCCAUAAGCACAAAGCACCCCACUGUCUCCUGGGCAUCACCUGUGCAUUCCCAAUCCGGUCAGCCUUUCUGCCACUGAGGACUGGGAAGCCAUGCUGGGCUCUGCUGGGCAGUCAAGGCAGGGUAUUGGGCAAGGGAGGGUAGAGGAAAGGGCUUGGAGGGGCAGAGGCUGGUCCUAAAAGAAGAAAGUAACAGUGGCUGAGAAAAUAGUUUUAAUUAUAAAAUAUUUUGGAAGGAAGAGUGAAAUCUUUUAACACUUUGAAUAAAUUUAGAGUUUUAU